AUGAAGGUCACAGCUAUCAUCCUCUCUCUGGCCACCGCCUCCCUGGCGGCCCCGAGUCCCAUCAUCCUGGACAAUGACUGGAGCACCGCCGGCUUCAUUCCCUACCUGAUGGCCCUCAACGCAGGAUGGGACGUCCUGGGUCUCGUGGGCGACACCAGCAACUCGUGGGCCCUGCAGACCAGCCUGCACGGCCUCGCCACCCUUGAGGUGGGCAACCUGUCGUCGUGUAUCCCCGUGUAUAAGGGCUCCGACUACCCCCUUAUCAACACGCCCGAGCUGUUCCAGACCUGGGAGGACCUGCACGGCGACCUGGCAUGGCAAGGUGCAUUCGCCCCCGAGAACCUCACCUACGAGGCUCUCGGCUAUGACCCUACCUCUGGCAACCCAGACCGGGUCGUCAAGGCUGCCUUCUACGAGGGCUACCCCAACAGCACCCUCGCCGGCAUUCACGCUGCCGAGUGGAUGGUCGAGCAGGUCCGCAAGUACCCUGGCGAGGUCAUGAUCUACAGCGGAGGCGCCCUGACCAACAUCGCCAUGGCCGUCCGCCUCGACCCGGAGUUUGCCACCCUGGCCAAGGGACUGGUCAUCAUGGGCGGGUACAUUGAUGUCACCCUUCUGCAGACCUCUGGUUCUACUCUGCAGGCCGACCUGAACUCGGAUAUCAACCUGAAGAUUGAUCCUGAGGGUGCAAAGGCGGCUCUUACGGCACCUUUCCCCGAGAUUACUAUCGUGGGCAACGCUGCCAACCAGGUGUUCCCUGAUCAAGCCUACCUGGACGAAGUCUACGAGGUUAAGAACGGAUACACUUCUCUGUUCUACGACUACUACGGCACCUCGUUCCCCUUCUGGGACGAGACAGCCAUGUUCUCCGUCUUGGACUCUGACAAUGUCCUCAACUCGACUACCUUCUACUUGGAUGUCGACACCGCCUACUCCAGCCCUUACUACGGCAACAUCAUCGGCUACCAGGAGGCCCUGCUUCCCCGUGCCCAGACCCUGCAGAAGGUGAACUUUAUCUACGAGGUCGACGGCGACAAGCUCAAGUCUACCAUCAAGGAGUCCCUGCAGUACCCCAAGACGUGCGCGGAUCUGGCUUAG